AUGGGGAAACAAGUAUUACAUUGUAAUAUACCGUGGAAAAGAAUUCCAAAAACGAUUGAUAACGAUAUACCGGUUAUAGACAAAUCUUUUGGGUUUGACAUUGCUGUGGAGGAAGCUCAACGAGCAAUCAACGCAGCUAAUGUUGAAGCAGAGAGUAAUGAGAAUGGUAUCGAUUUUGUUAAGCUUAUGGGUCGUUACAGUGGAUUCGUAGCGAUGUAUGCUACAUUAGCAAGUAGAGAUGUUGAUUGCUGCUUGAUUCCCGAGUCACCAUUUAACCUCAAAAGAGAAGGUGGACUCUUGGAGUUCAUAGAGAAACGGCUCAAGGAACAUGGUCACAUGGUGAUUGUUCUUGCUGAAGGAGCAGGACAAGAUUUGAUGUCCAAAAGCAUGGAAUCUAAUACUCUCAAGGACGUGUCUGGUAAUAAACUUCUUAAAGAUGUCGGCUUCUGGCUAUCACAAAGCAUUAAGGAUCAUUUUAAGAAGAUUCAGAUGGUGAUGAAUCUCAAAUACAUUGAUCCAGCAUACAUGAUCCAUGCUGUUCCAAGCAAUGCAUCAGACAAUGUCUACUGUACACUUCUUGCUCAGAGUGUGGUUCAUGGCGCAAUGGCUGGUUACACUGGCUACACCAGUGGUCUUGUCAAUGGAAGACAAACAUACAUCCCUUACUACGUAAAGAAUAACACAGAAACAGAACAAUGUGGUGAUUAUGUUCCGGAAAGUGGGAUUUAA